UUAAGUAAUUAUCAUUUUAAGACAUUGUAAUGCCUGCUUAACGUAUAUACGGUGAACGUCGUUAACUUUGCUACAACUCACGUUAGUAUGUCAAGAAUGGCUGGAAUCAGCUAUUUUCCUGCUCUUCUACUUCUCAUGGCUGUCACGAGUACAACAGCAGCCUACGGACCCUACUCGCAAUUCUACCGUGAUCGACGAGCGAUUCGUGCACGCACGAUGGCGACAGGAGAAGACCACAUCACCCAUGCUUCCAUUAAGAUGAGGAUGUUGAACGAAGGUCGGUCUCAAGUUGCAGUCAAUCCCGUCCGAGCCAAGCGAUUUAUAAACGCAGCGUCCGGAAUUAAGCAGCAGCCUAAAGUGUCCGAGGCAUUCAAGGAGUAUGCAGGUAACCAAUAUGGACAAGUUUUCCCAGGUAAAGAACGCGCAUCGGAGCUGGUUGACCAAAUCCAACAUGGGUACGUGCAACCGCCACGAGCACCAUUUCCGAAAAACGCGGUUUAUGAAGACCUUCUUACCCGACAGAGGAAGGAUGGUCGAGAUGGUCAUCUAUCUCGAAAACCCGAAAACUUGGGUAAAAUGAAAGAUGAGGUGGACGAUUUCCUGCAGCUUAUGCAUGAAAUGGGCAUCCUCGAAGACCAUGAGGAUGAUGUCUCCAGAGGGAAUAAGCAACAACGAAAUACAGGUGAUGCAACAAAGUCCUCAUCUGCUGCCUCUUUUGUAAAUCAUCAGAUUCAUCGUCCUGAUCAGACCAAAGAUAUGAAGUCCAAUGUCCGGCAAGAUAUUUCUUCAGGUUACAUCAAUCCCCAACGAUCUUCUCGUGUUGUCCAUUCACGAUCACCAAUCCACGAGGAAGUCGCGGUUAAACGUGAGUCGUCUCAAUCUCUCGUUAAAGAUACCCUGGAUGAUGAAGACGUCGAUGACGAGGUUGUUGGUGUCGAAGAAGAGGCAAUCAUCAACAUCCCGCCACAGGCACUUGCAAAGAGUGACAUUGAUAUCGAUGGGCUUGAUCUAGACAUUAUCAAGAAAUUACUGGAGGAAAUUAUCGCUCGCAAGUCUUCAAAGUAGACAUUACUUAGCUCUGUGAAAUAUCAAUCAAUAAAGCAAUUGAAAAUGAAAAGGAUAUGAGAAUAAAAUUAGUGUUAGAUCUAAGAAAACCACCGAUUUGUAUCGAAAAAUAUAAAUCUCAUGAUAAAUUGAAUAAAGUUAUACUAAAAUUGAUAAAAUUUGUAAUUAAGAGUAAAUGAAGUCAUGCACUUAAAUUCAUAAAAAUUCAUUUAAAUGCCACCUGUUCGAAUUUACGUAACGAUAAAUUAGUAUAAAGUCAUUGAUUACGAUGAAAGAAAGUGGAUUUUUUGUUGGGGUAAAUUGGUGGAGCAACAAAAACUUGUUUUUCAAAAGCCCUGAUCAGAAUGUGUGCUAUAAUAUAACUUGUCGUAGUUGGUUCACUUUCAGAUUGAAGGCUAUUUCGGGUCAUGACUUAUUAUUAAGUCAUCAAAAUUUGUAAAAAUACGAACUCUGUAUACAUCAUUCUAAUUUCCAAUUUUCAAUAUUCUACUCAGAAAAUAUUUUCCAAGCAUUCUCUCUCCGAAGUCUAAAAUGAACUGCGUACUUAUAAACGUUACAGCUAUUUACUUGAAUUUAAAAAAAAAAUCUCGUACAGUUAUCGGCUAUGCUUUCUGAAUUCAGAGCACAAAAACUGAACGGAGUGGGUGUGGGGCUUCCAAAUUAAAAUAAAAACACUUUUUUGUUAGCCUAGUUAGAAUACAUCCCUAGUGGGCUCACUUGAAUUCCCAGUAAGAAUCUACUAUUAAAAACAGCAUCCAAGCCAAAUUGAUCCUCAAUCAAGAAGAAGCUGCAUGUUAUUAGAAAGAUGAUCAUAUUUUGUGCGUGUGCUUCAGAAAAGUACCGAAAUAUUUGUCUUCUUUAUCUCAUUCAAUAAAUCAAUCCCUCUAUCAAACAGA